GUAAAAACCACCGUUAGCGCCAUUCAUCGGUGUUCGUGAAGAACAAUCAGCGGCUGGAUUGUGUGGACAAAUCUUUCCAUCGUCUAUCAGAGCGCCUGUCAGGGGAGCAUGCUCAAUGGGCUGUUUUUCGGUUCAUGACCCUCCCCAGUGAUCUUUUGCAGACUGUAAUCUUAUCAGUCUCAAACCACGGCUAUUCUCUCCUCCGCGGCCAACUCUCAUGCGUAUUUGGAGCGCGCAUUUGGAUAACAGAAUAACUGAAGAGCUUUUCUUUAAGACAACUCCCCCAUUCGCAAAACAUCUAGUUAAAAGAAAAAGUUAAAUGCUCUUUUUUGUUUGGACGUGUCCUAAAAUGCGGAUUUGACCAAGCAAAGUUAUGGAUCUUACAUGUAAAGAAAAAAGUCUUCUAUACUUCAUUUUCUUGUCUAUCUGCUCUGCCAGCGUUUCUGUUGGUGCCAGAAGAUCAAAUGCGCGGAGAUCAGAUCGUCUAAGUCCUCCAUUAGACAUCCAGCUGGAGACACUCAACUGUAGCGCCUUCAGUGUGCGAUGGAAGAUGCCCCGCAGACAUGUCAGCACAAUCACUGGAUACAAGAUCUUUUACACAGAGAUAAAGAAUGGACGCCCAGUUAGUACAACAUCCAUCAUGGAAGUGCCUCUGAGUUUGGACAUGCUAACCACUGGGCAAUUUGAUGGACAAGCAAGUUUUGAUGUAGACAUUGGAAACCUAAAGGUGAAUUCCAACUACAGAGUCAGCGUUGGUGCAUACGGCUGGACCGGGGAGGGCAGACCAAGCAUGCCCAGAGACAUCAGUACUGCCUCACAUGAGAUGUGUAUGCCCCCUUCACCACCAACUCAGCCAGUCGUCAUGGCCGUAUCAGACACAGAGUUGGCCUUAUCAUGGCAGGAAGGAGAGAGUCAGGGAAGCUCCCCUGUUCUUCACUUUUUGGUGGCUUACAUCAGGCCAGAAAUGGACACAGAGUGGACUUAUAUACGUGAGCCCAUUGAGACCAAUUCCAUGGUUUUAAAAGGCUUGUUACCAGAAACAGAGUACCAGUUUGUUGUCAGAGCGGUCAACAUGCAUGGUGUGAGCCCACCAAGUCACAUCAACAUCCCUGUGCGAACCCUUGGUCCAAUGGAUGUGGGAAGUGGUGAUUUGGGGCUUUACAGCACAGAUUCCAGAUUUAAAGAUGAAGAUGGAUUUGACAUUGAUGACUCAGAUUAUGAUGUCUUUAUUGAAGAGUUGAAGCCAUUUCCAGGUAUCACUGAGAACAACAGGAAAUCCCAACUGCGCUCACACCCCGGACCACCAUCUGGACGCAAUGUUAUUUACCGCAUGAACACCAACGUCCCUCCAAAUGUCACUGAUAAACCAGUUACUACGACAACCUCCUCCAUACUUUUAGACUUCACAGAUCUGGCUUUGGCGUCAGAGCCCAGUAACACUGCUGACACCCCAACCAUUGCCCUACCUACCACCACGAGCUCACCAUUGCCCACCACUUCUGUUCCUACUAUCUCACGCUGGCAAGGUGAGAUACCUCGUGUGAAUGACUUGACUUGUGGAGAUACUGUGUGUCCACCUGACAGUUUCUGCCUCACUGAUUAUGAGAGUGGAGGUUCGCGCUGCCACUGUAACCUUGGACGCAGAGGCGACACUUGCUCUGAGGGUUUUUGUUUUUGGCUCUUCAGGUUUAACUGCGGCACAGGUCCUGCACAUAUAAUCAGUCAGAGUCCUGUUGUUCUUGGUCAGUGGCACAUUGUUACUAUAUUCAGAGAUGGCACAAGUGGCUGGCUACGUAUGGACAAUGAUAACCCCAUAUCCGGGCACUCACAGGGUCAAUACACUAAGAUUACUUUUCGCUCACCACUGUAUGUGGGUGGAUCUCCGAACACUUACUCGCUGGUCAGGGCGACAGGCACAAACCGUGGCUUUGUAGGCUGCAUCCAGAGUCUGACCAUCAACAGCAUGGCUACAGACAUCAGGCCGUGGCCUGUGGGCAAAGCUCUGAGUGGAGCUGAUAUAGGUGAGUGCAGCGACAGUGUGUGUGACAAGGUCAGCUGUGCCAAUGGUGGAUCCUGCUUUGCCAACCGCGCUGAUGGCUACAUUUGCCUCUGUCCACUUGGCUUCAAGGGAGCUCUUUGUGAAGACAGUUUCUCUCUGUCUUCACCACUUUUCAAUGAAACUGUGUUUUCAUAUGCUGUCCUCCCGUGGCCUCAGUCCCCCCAGAGUUACCUCUCCUUCAUGGAGUUUGAGGUGACAUUCUGGCCAUCCGUGCCCAGUGGGGUGCUACUGUAUAGUGAUGAUGCAGGCAGUAGAGAUUUCCUGGCUAUAAACAUGGUGGAUAGAUAUGUGGAGUUCAGAUUCGACUGUGGUUCUGGAGAAGCUGUAAUACGGAGUGAGGAACAAAUAAGUCUGGACUCGUGGCAUGAGUUGAGAGUAUCUCGCACUGCUAAAAGUGGGAUCUUGCAAGUAGACAACCAAAAGCCAACUGAGGGAAUUGCUGAGGGAGCCUUCACACAGAUCAACUGCAGUUCACCUCUCUAUGUUGGUGGAGUCCCAGAUUACGAGAAAACCAAGAGGGCAGCAGGCGUUGUAAAACCUUUUACUGGAAUAAUUCAAAAGCUGAUCCUAAAUGACCGCAGCAUGCCAAUCACUGUGGGCUCUGCUACUGGCAUAAAUAUUGAAAACUCAGCUCACCCCUGUGUGGAAAGUCCCUGUGCCAAUGGAGGGACCUGCAGGCCAAAGUGGGACCACUAUGAGUGUGACUGCCCUCUAGGUUAUGAUGGAAGGCACUGCCAGAAAGCUGUGACUGAAGCCAUAGAAAUACCCCAGUUUAUUGGCAGAAGUUACCUAACCUAUGAAAACAGAGAUAUCCUGAAAAGAGUGUCUGGGUCCAGGACAAACCUGUUCAUGCAUUUUAAAAGCACAGCCAGGGAUGGUUUGUUGCUCUGGCGUGGAGACAGUCCGAUGAGACCCAACAGUGAUUUUAUUUCCAUGGGGCUUCAGGAUGGAGCUCUCAUUUUCAGUUAUAACUUGGGCAGUGGUGCGGCUAACAUUGUUGUCAAUGGAACAUUUAGUGAUGGAAAGUGGCACAGAGUCAAGGCUGUAAGAGAUGGCCAAUCAGGAAAGCUGACGGUUGAUGAUUACGGAGCCAAGACAGGAAGGGCACCUGGCAAGAUGAGACAACUAAAUAUAAAUGGACCCUUAUAUGUGGGUGGCAUGAAAGAGAUCGCCCUUCAAACAAACAGACAGUACCUGGGGGGACUGGUGGGUUGCGUGUCACAUUUCACGCUCUCCACUGACUAUCACUUAGCUUUGGUAGAGGACGCAGCUGAUGGCAAGAACAUCAACACCUGCUCCAACUGAAGGAUUUUUUUCACAAGAGGCUCAAUUUUUAACAUGUUUUCCAACUAGAUCUGUCAACCUGAAUCUGAGUAAACCAAAGCAGUAAAAAUUAAUGUGUUUAUUUUUUAUUAUUUUUUUAUUAGAUUAAAGGGUGUGCGUUGAGGGCACCCUGAAAAUAAGAACAGUUAUGUCAUAUGAAUGUUCUCAUGAUCUCUCUGCUGAGAUAUAGUUUAUUGUAAUUUUUUAAAACUUACUGUUCUGAAAAAAAGCAGACUUCAAAGGCACAAGUGCUUUGUCUAAAGACACGUGUUGGUGGUCAAUUAUGUUCUUUGUAAAAAUUUAGCAAAUAUGUCAAUCCAUGAGGGAAAGAAAACUUUUUUGGGAGACAAUUUCAAAAACAUGUUUACUUUCUUUGAAAGCCUUCUUUGAUUGCUGGAAGAACCGAAUUACACAAAUGGAGAAAAUUCACCAUGAACUUGAGCAGCUGACAAAACCUUUUUUCCAGAUUUUAUUUUUGACCCUUUAGGACAUUUGUUGUCUAAGGUGUAAUAGUUGUUUUCUUGUAUGAAGUGUUUUGUCAUUAGAUCCGUACAUUUUGUAAAGUAACGUUUUAUCAUGUUUUUAUUUUUAGAGGGUUUAGUUUUAUACAGUAAUGAGGUCAACUGCUUGUAAAAGUCCCCCCUCCCUCCUUUAGCCUACUUAUCCUUCAUUUGGAUCUUUCAGGUUUAGUCACAUGAAACUCUGAUCUGGACACAUGGUUUAUUUUGGUGGGAAUGUGAGAGGUAUUGCUGUCACAUGACAAACCACAUUUAAUAAGUUGUCCAGCCAUUAAAUUUCAUUUGUUAUACUGUCUUUGACACUAGUAAAAAAAAUCUUAUGUAAAUGUUGCAUCUAUAUAUGAUUCUAAGUAUUUUCUUUAUGCUGUAAAAGCACAUUUACUUUUCAAAUACAGUGUAAGGCUUGUCUCAAUUUAGAU